AGGAAUUUAAGAUAGUUAGAGGGUAGUGCCGUCUAUCUCGCGAAGACGAUAUUGGAUUUUGAAUGACUAAUGAGCGGUCACUAUGUUCCAUGCGCUACGCACAACGUUAAAUUUACGGAGUCACUGUGUGAAUAGAUUGUUAGAGUCUCCUUUUUGAGCCCCAAAAAUGUAACCAAGUCCAGUCAAAUUCAGUAUGGAUCAUCUGUUGGGGUCUUCAAUUCCGGUGAAUAUAUGCGUGAAGUAAUUCCAUAUAAUGUAAUUGGGAAAUAAAUUAAAGGGGACUGAAGUUGAAGAACGUGAUGAGUUGUACAAAAAGCUGUUUAUUACGGUCAAGGGCCAUGAACCUAUGGUACUGAGGAGUUACGAGACAUUUGUCAAACAGGUGUGUGAAAAUCUCUCACUAAACCUUCAAAGUGAUACGCGUAACCGCCCGAAGUUUCUACGUCUCUCUAUGAACAGGUCUCCUUUCAUUUACAAAAAGCACCAGCGCCAAUAUGAGUUCCGUACACACUAUAAAUAUUUCACGGUUAAACACGUAACUGGAUGUACUGCGGACGUAUUUCUUGAAUACAUACAGCGGAAUCUGCCUGAAGGUGUAGCUAUGGAAGUUGAGAAACAUCGUUUGGAACGCCUUCCUGAAUAUUUGGAGACUUCGGAAAAUUCUUAGCAUUCUUAUUAUUAUCACACUAGUGUACACAAUUUAUGUAAAU